AUGUCUGGUCGCGGUAAAGGAGGGAAAGGGCUCGGUAAAGGUGGUGCCAAACGGCACAGGAAGGUGCUCCGUGAUAACAUCCAGGGGAUCACUAAACCGGCUAUCCGCCGUUUGGCUCGCAGAGGAGGUGUCAAGCGAAUCUCCGGCCUUAUUUACGAGGAGACUCGAGGAGUGCUGAAAGUCUUCCUGGAGAACGUUAUCCGCGAUGCCGUCACCUACACCGAGCACGCCAAGAGGAAGACGGUCACCGCCAUGGACGUGGUGUACGCGCUGAAACGCCAGGGCCGCACUCUCUACGGUUUCGGAGGUUAAACGUUUCAGCUGAUGUUCGAUACUUCAUUCAAACCAAAGGCUCUUUUCAGAGCCGCCCACUCCUUCCCUCAUAAGGCUAUAAUUCUACCAGGAUGGCUCGGCUGUCUCAAUGCUCCCUACAACAUAUUGGAGAACGAGAAAUUACAGAGUAGCCUUCCGUUAACACAAACUCCAAUGUGUUUCCUAUCAAUAUAAUGUGGCGUUAUGUUUCCCCUAAUAUCCU